CAACACAAUGGCCGCGGUUUCAGUGGUGAAUUCAAGAACAGAUGUUUUGAGAAAAUCAGCCUCCAUUUCAGCCAACUGUUCAGCAGCGCGUGGGCUGAUGGAUGUCUUAAAGUCCAAUUUAGGUCCUAGUGGAACGUUGAAAAUGUUAGUAGGAGGAGCGGGUCAAAUCAAAAUAACCAAGGAUGGUAAUGUGCUGCUUCAUGAAAUGCAAAUUCAGCAUCCUACAGCAGCAAUGAUAGCGAGAGCUUCAACUGCACAAGAUUCCAUCACAGGGGAUGGAACAACGUCGAUCGUAUUGUUAAUUGGUGAAAUCAUGAGACAAUCGGAAACUUACUUAUUUCAAGGAAUUCAUCCUCGCGUUUUGUGUGAAGGCUUAGAUUUGGGUAGAAAACAAAUAGUCCAAGUUUUGAAUUCAUUAAAAAAUGACGUAUCUAAUAAACUUGACCGAGAUAUAAUGUACUGUGUUGCUCAAACAUCAUUAAGAACAAAAUUGGAUCAACAGCUAGCCGAUAGGUUAACGGAUAAUGUGGUGGAUGCCAUUUCAUGUAUUCGUCAUGAAAAAGAUGAGACACCUCUUGAUCUUUUCAUGAUUGAGAUUAUUCAUAUGAAGGAAAAGCUUGCCACUGAUACACAAUUUAUUCGUGGAAUGGUAAUGGAUCAUGGAACCCGUCAUCCAGAUAUGCCUAAGCGAUUAAGAAAUUGUUAUGUUUUAAUCUGCAACGUUUCUUUGGAGUAUGAAAAAACUGAAGUAAAUUCUGGGUUUUUCUACAGUUCUGUUGAUCAAAAGAUGCGUCUUGUCGACGCUGAAAGGCAGUUCACCGAUGACAAAGUUAUGAAGAUCAUUCAACUUAAGAACAAAGUGUGUACACCUGAAAAUAAAAAAUCAUUCGUUGUAUUUAAUCAAAAAGGGAUCGAUCCUUUAUGUUUAGAUUUGUUAGCAAAAGAAGGAAUUAUGGCUUUACGACGAGUGAAACGUCGCAACAUGGAACGCUUAAUGUUGUGUUGUGGAGGCAAUGCUAUGAACUCUGUAUGUGACUUACAAGUCGAAGAUCUUGGGUAUUCUGAAGAGGUUUAUGAACGCUGUAUUGGUGACGAAAAAUGGACUUUUGUUGAGGGAGUCGAAAAGCCUAAAUCAUGCGCUAUUUUAGUUAAAGGUCCCAAUGAUCAUGUGAUCAGUCAAAUAAAGGAUGCUAUACGAGAUGGACUACGAGCAGUUAAAAAUACAAUAGAUGAUCAAGCCGUGGUUCCAGGUGCUGGGGCUUUUGAAGUGGCAGCGUGUGCCCAAUUGCAGGAAUACGCUCAAAAUGCAGUGUUAGGAAAAAAAAGGUUUGGGGUUCAAAUUCUGGCUGAUGCACUUUUAUACAUACCGAAAGUUUUAGCUGAAAACGCUGGAUUAGACUCUCAGGAAUGUAUCCUAAGUCUUUUAGAAGAGCGACGAAAUACAAAACAGCCUAUUGGAAUUGAUCUUUCUACUGGAAAAUCCACCAUUCCUAGUUCAAAAGGAAUUUGGGACAAUUAUUGCGUUAAAAAUCAAAUGUUAACUUUAGCUGUAGGACUUUCACAACAACUUCUAUUAGUCGAUGAAAUCAUUAAAGCUGGAAAACAAAUGGGCCCGAGUCCAAAAUAAAAUCUAGCCUUCUAUUCGAGAAACACGACACGCCUCAGAUUAAAUCCACAUCGUGGUGGGUUUCAUCUACAAAACAUAAAAAAAUGUAUGAUUGAAUUCUUUUCACAAGUCAUUGUCACACAACUAUUGCUUAACUACUAAGUGCCUUUUAAAACCUUUGCAAAGAGCCGACCUAUCAGUUUUAUUUUUAUUAAGACAAAACAUUAUUCUAGUGUUCUGAAUUUCAUAUCUAUUUAAAAAAACGAAACUGAAAUUUUUAUUCUUUGUUCCC